AAUCUGGUCGAGUAUAUAAAGCCAUGCACCACUCUUUGCUGGACCCUGUUCUUCAAAUAAAGAGAAUAGAAUCGGGUUUUUGCUUGGUUUGGAUAUAAAAUUUUGCUGUGAUGAGCAAUUUUUUUACUUUGUUUUGAACUUUUCCCUACAGGUUUUUGAGUUUUGUGACAAUGGAUUAUCAUCAAUUUUUUCUGUCUCUAAUGGUAUUGCUCUCAGUUUCACCAAGAUGCCAGUCAUGGGGUUUGUUCUCUUCUUCUUCUCAGACAAAAGCAAUCCGCCAUGGCCAUGACUCAGUGCCUGAAUUCUCGAUGGAAGGCUUAAACAAUGAGAAGGGAAUCAGGUUGCUCCAGGGUGCUAAAAAUAAGUUGGUUGGGUCAAAUUCUUGCUGGAAAAAUGCUUACGGACAUCUCCUUGCUGGGUGCAAAGAGAUCAUUGCUACAGAUGAGAAGCGUUCAAGAUUUGCUUGGCAUCUUAGUGAUUGCUUUCAAAAGGAUUCUGGAAGGUCCCCUUUUCCAUUUUGUGACACAAAAUCUGCAAUGGUUUAUUGCCUGAAACAGUUAAACGACUUGGAACACAAGGUUUAUCUUGAAUUCUUGCUUGAGACCAAUUCCAUCUGCUAUCAGUUACAGAACCAGGCAUUCAAGCAUGACACAGAGAGAUUAGUCAAUGAACUAACAAAUUCAGCCAAAUAUGCAGAAGACAAACUAGAUUCUUUAGAAGACAGAACAAAUGUUCUGUUGCAGAAUUCAAAUCAGAUUCAUGAUUCAUUGAAUGCAAUUGAUGUUCGAAUUUAUAAUGUAGAUCAAACAACAAACAGUUUAGAAAGUCAUAUGGACAGUUUAAUUGAGCACUCGCAUACAGUUUACAAGCAAGCUUCAGAUAUUGCAGCUUUGCAAAUCGAACUGCGAAACGGUCAGGCAAUGAUGAAUGAUCAACUCACUGAAGGAAUAGCAAUGCUUGAUGGUGCAUACAAAAAUUUGGGCCUUGAAGUAGAUAACUUGAGAAAUGAAGCUAUUGCAAUUGAGAGUGAGAUAAGCAAAGUUGGAAAUGCAAUGUCUUCAAGCAUGAACAAUCUGCAAAGAACAGCUGAUGACAUUGGAAAUAUGGCAGGGGUUUCUCUAGAUAAGCAGCAACAACUUCUGGAGGUGCAAUCGACAGCUCUUGAGGGUCUUCGAUUUCUGACUAGAUUUCAAUCUGAAGCACUAGAAGAGAGCAGAAAUACUCUGCAGCAUUUAGCUGAAUAUGGCAGAAAACAACAGGAAGAGCUUCUUAAACGACAAGAACAGCUGCAACAAGUCCAUGACCACUUGGUUGAAAAUUCCAAGUCAAUAUUGGCAGCUCAGGACGCUUUUGAAUCAAAGCAAGCAAGCAUGUUCGUUGCUCUAGAUAAGCUAUUUGCACUGCAUAAUGCCAUGCUGCUUGAAUCAAGAUUAAUCAAAGCUUUCUUUGUUUACUCUAUGUCAAUCUUUAUCGUCUACAUGUUCACAAGCACGAAGCAAACAUAUCCUGUAAGACCGAGGCUAUAUAUUGGACUAUGUGCUACAUUCUUGAUAGAAGUUGCUGUUCUUCGCUUCACAGCAAAUGAUAUCGAGCUGCAAACGUGGAUGGUAAAUGUGGUUAGAUCAAUAUUUGUUCUUAUUGCUUCUAUUCAGCUUCUACACGCCAUUUGCACAUACAGGGACUAUGAAUUUUUGAACCAUCAGAUGUUAUUAACAUUGAUAGAGAAAGUUAAUAAUAUGCAAAGCAACAAAGCAUUGUCAUGGGAAAUGGAUAGUGAUGUAGAUUGGCCUUCUUGGAUUGAUGCUGAGUUGCCAGAGGAAGUAGAAAAACUUGAAGAUCCUGACUAUAUAGUUCAAGAAGAAGUUGGAGAGAAUUCAAUCACAACCUCUUCGAUCACAAGAAAAUAUAAUCUCCGCCACCGUAAAUGCUGAAAGCUUAAUCUCAGUGGAUUUUUUUGUUGAUAAUCAUCUUAUUUUAUGUUUCGUAUAGGUAUACAAGUGAGGAUUGAAUAUGACAAAUAGAACGAUUCCAUCCUCUUGAAAAGGGCCUUGGUUACAUAUGUACAGAAUGGCCAGUAGAUACCAAAAAUUAUCUUACAGAACUCUUAGUUGUAAAAUUGUUAUUUAUUCUAACAUGUAUGUUACAAUGAUAUAGAAGAAAUUAUCAUAAAUAGAACUC